AUGGAGGCGAAUGGGAAGGUCUCGUGGAUGCAGCACCGACUGAAAACCGCAUGCUUGUUCUUACGACCAGUGCAAGAGAGCGACAUCCCAGCCAUCCAGAAAGCAGCCAGUGCCUUUGCAGUGGCCGAUGCCAUGAUCUCCAUCCCACAUCCCUAUCCGGAAGACGAAGCUCAAAGGUUUGUUGAAACGCAGAGGGAGUUGAUGAGCAAGAAGCAAUCCUUGACCUUCUCGAUGAUCGAAACCGAGAAGAAGGCCUUCACUGGCUUGAUCUCCCUCAGGGACUUUGAGCCGGAGCACCAGACGGCAGAACUCAGCUUUUGGGUUGCGCCCAAUGCCCAAGGCCGCGGCUACAUGACGGAGGCCUUGCCGAGUGUUCUGGACCUGGCCUUUAAGCAUUUGGAGCUCAAUCGAAUCUAUGCCUAUCACAUGCUGCGGAAUGUGCCCAGUGGCCGAGUCCUGGAGAAGUGUGGCUUGCGGCCUGAAGGACCGAAGCACGGGGUGAAGUGCGGGAAGUUCGAGGAUGUGCUGCUGCGCGCGGUGCUCCGGGAGGAGUGGUCCAAGAUCUCGGAGCAGUUGAUCUCACGAGUCCGAGAACGCUACGCGGUGGAGCUCGGAGGGUCGUGA